UUUUUUUUUUUUUAAAAGUCUGAACUAAACCUGGAUUAUUACGUGAUAGCUUUGUACCUGCUCCUUUGAGUCCGGAUUCUGUAUCUCUGAUGUUGGCGAAUUGAACUUUGAAAUCCUUUACCUGGAUUUGUAGCUGGCUUCCUUCCCUGCUGGAGUCCUGAUUAAUUUGCCAGUUACAAUGAAGUACAGAGCAGCGGCUCCGGCAAUCGACGGGAUCCGGAUAACCAUGGAGAGUGCCUUAACGGCUCGGGACCGGGUUGGGGUCCAGGACUUUGUCCUCCUGGAGAACUACACCAGCGAAGCAGCGUUUAUUGAAAAUCUUAAGAAACGUUUUAAAGAGAAUCUAAUUUAUACAUAUAUUGGGUCAGUGUUGGUGUCUGUCAACCCUUACAAAGAGCUGGAGAUCUAUAGCAAGCAACACAUGGAGAGAUACAGAGGAGUAAGCUUUUACGAAGUGUCUCCUCACAUCUAUGCCAUAGCAGACAACUCUUACCGGUCCCUACGCACAGAGAGGAAAGAUCAGUGUAUCCUCAUAUCCGGAGAAAGUGGAGCAGGCAAGACAGAGGCCAGCAAGAAAAUUCUACAGUACUAUGCAGUGACGUGUCCAGCCAGUGAUCAGGUGGAAACCGUGAAGGAUCGACUUCUGCAAUCUAACCCGGUUUUGGAAGCAUUCGGCAAUGCAAAAACCUUGCGGAAUGAUAACUCCAGUCGGUUUGGAAAGUACAUGGAUGUUCAAUUUGAUUACAAGGGGGCUCCUGUGGGAGGACACAUCCUUAAUUAUCUGCUCGAGAAGUCACGUGUAGUUCAUCAAAACCAUGGGGAGAGGAACUUCCACAUCUUCUAUCAGCUUCUGGAAGGAGGAGAAGAGGACUUGCUGCGACGGAUGGGUCUAGAUAAAAAUGCACAAAACUACCAAUACCUGGUAAAGGGUCAGUGUGCCAGAGUCAGCUCCAUCAAUGAUAAAAAUGAAUGGAAGGUGGUUCGAAAAGCUUUAGCGGUCAUCAAUUUUAAUGAUGAUGAUGUGGAGGAACUCCUGAGCAUUGUGGCGAGUGUGUUACAUCUAGGCAAUGUACAGUUUGCCACGGAUGAGCAGGGCAAUGCACAGGUUACAACAGAAAACCAAAUUAAAUACCUCGCCAGGCUAUUGUCUGUUGACAGCACAGUCUUACGUGAAUCUCUCAUACACAAGAAGAUCAUUGCUAAAGGGGAAGAACUUAAUAGCCCUCUGAACCUGGAACAGGCGGCGUAUGCUCGUGAUGCCUUAGCUAAAGCAAUCUAUGGACGCACUUUCUCCUGGCUUGUUAGCAAGAUUAACAAGUCACUGACAUAUAAGAUUCCUUUGCAUGUGCAUUUACCCAGUUAUAAAUGCAAGUUAGAGAUUGGGGGUCGAGAUCUUUUGAGCCUUGGAAAUGCUUCAGUCAUUGGACUCUUGGACAUAUAUGGGUUUGAAGUUUUUCAGCAUAACAGCUUUGAACAAUUUUGCAUAAAUUACUGCAAUGAGAAACUACAGCAGUUGUUCAUAGAACUGACUCUAAAAUCUGAGCAAGAUGAAUACGAAUCGGAGGGAAUUGCGUGGGAGCCUGUGCAGUACUUUAAUAAUAAAAUCAUCUGCGAUCUGGUAGAAGAAAAAUUCAAAGGCAUCAUUUCAAUUUUAGAUGAAGAAUGUUUGCGUCCUGGAGAAGCCACAGAUAUGACGUUCUUAGAAAAGUUAGAAAAUACUGUGAAAAAUCACCCACACUUUGUGACGCACAAGUUGGGUGACCAGAAAACACGUAAAUCACUUGGAAGAGAUGAAUUCCGGUUGUUGCACUAUGCUGGAGAAGUGAACUACAGCGUAGUAGGAUUUCUGGAUAAAAACAAUGAUCUACUGUUCCGUAAUUUGAAAGAGGUCAUGUGUGAAUCCGGAAACCCAAUCAUACACCAGUGCUUUGAUAGAUCUGAACUGACUGACAAAAAAAGGCCAGAAACCGCUGCAACACAGUUUAAAACCAGUGUAUCCAAGUUGAUGGAAAUUCUUAUGUCCAAGGAGCCCUCCUAUGUACGUUGCAUUAAGCCAAAUGAUGCCAAGCAACCAGCUCGAUUUGAUGAAGUCCUUAUCAGGCACCAGGUGAAAUAUUUAGGGCUCAUUGAAAACGUGCGGGUUCGUCGUGCUGGAUUUGCAUAUAGACGAAAAUAUGAAUUCUUUUUACAGAGAUAUAAACCCCUUUGUCCUGAAACUUGGCCAAACUGGAAUGGAAGAGCCCAGGAUGGCGUGCUGGUACUCGUUAAGACCUUAGGGUAUAAGCCAGAGGAGUAUAAGAUGGGCAGGACAAAAAUCUUUAUUCGUUUUCCAAAGACCCUUUUUGCAACAGAGGAUGCAUUGGAAGAGCGAAAGCAGAGUAUAGCGACUUUUCUCCAGUCCAGGUGGAGAGGCUAUAACCAGCGCCAGAAGUUCCGACACUUGAAACAUUCCGCUGUAAAAAUCCAGUCUUGGUGGCGUGGAACAGUCGGACGGCGAAAAGCCGCACAAAGGAAGUGGGCUGUAGAAGUAAUAAGAAGAUUCAUCAAAGGUUUUAUUUAUCGCAAGAAUCCUCGCUGCUCUGAGAAUGAAUACUUCCUGGAUUACAUCCGCUAUUCCUUCCUGAUGAAUCUUCAUCGCAAUAUGCCAAAGAGUGUGUUAGACAAGUCUUGGCCAGUGCCUCCGCCAUCCCUUCAAGAGGCAUCAGAGUUAUUGAGAGAGAUGUGCAUGAAUAACAUGGUGUGGAAAUACUGCAGACAAAUUAGUCCUGAAUGGAAACAACAGCUCGAGCAGAAAGCUGUUGCUAGUGAAAUCUUCAAGGAUAAGAAAGACAAUUAUCCACAGAGUGUACCAAGGCUCUUCAUAAAUACUCGGCUUGGUAAUGAAGAAAUCAAUACAAAAAUUCUUCAAACCCUGGAAAACCAGACACUAACGUAUGCAGUUCCUGUAGUGAAGUAUGACCGAAAGGGAUACAAGCCGCGACGAAGACAGCUGUUACUCACUCAGAAUGCUGCCUACAUUGUGGAAGAAGCCAAACUGAAGCAGAGAAUUGACUAUGCCAAUCUGACCGGUAUCUCUGUCAGCAGCUUGAGUGACAACCUCUUUGUUCUUCAUGUGAAAUGCGAGGAUAACAAGCAAAAGGGGGAUGUGGUUCUGCAAAGUGAUCACGUAAUCGAAACACUGACUAAAAUUGCCAUAACUGCUGAGAAAAUUCACAAUGUCAACAUUAAUCAGGGCAGCAUCAAGUUUACAGUCGGCCAAGGUAAAGAAGGCAUAAUUGACUUCACACCAGGCUCGGAGUUGCUAAUAGCCAAAGCCAAAAACGGGCACCUAUCAGUGGUUGCCCCGCGGUUGAAUUCACGAUGAUGAAAACCUCAUCUUUAAUAGGAAUCAGGUCCUCGUCCAAUCAGAUGGCUUCACGUACAUCUCUCCCACUAUUGGCCGGACAAUACUUCCUUUCUUGCAAUACAUCUUGACUAUGCUUUCAUAUGUUAUAGUUACCAAAGACCUGGGCUGCUUUAAAAAAAAAAAAAAAAAAAAAAUGACAAGGAAAAUCAUUUUAUAUAUUUGUAAUGUCAAAUUAUUCUAGAGGGGUGUUUAUUUUACAUUUUAAACAUAACUGCUUUCUGCUGAAGCUACUUUAUUAGUGACUCAUUUUGAGGGUAUAUCCUGCAUUUCCAAUUUUCUUGCACGAGAUGUAAAGUUAACACUAUCUGAAAGAGGGAAUAUAACCAUUUGUGCAAACAAACAAAAAAAAAAGUUGGUGGCCAGAUCUCAACUUUACUUGGGAUUGCUGAUUGGAAAUGCAUACCGUAGGGUUGCAUGAAAUGAAUUGUUAUGCGGCACGAAGAUUCUUUUGUAAAUGUUGCUGGUUAAAAAGAUGAUCUGGUCACUUUAUCUUAUAGAUGUUUUGAAUCUUUUGAGCGCAUUUGUGUGUGGCAUUCAAAGGGUUAAGGCUCCCUGUCGCCAACAACUAGAGGUUUAACUUAAUAGCUUUACGAAGAGAAAAUUAUUGGUCUGCACUAAUAAAUAUAUAUAUAUUUAUGCAAUCUUAUUGCAAUAUAGUAAAGUUGUUGAGGAAUAGAAGGUAGAUUUUAUAACUUUUAUUCUACAAAAAAAAUUACAAAAAAAUUAUAUAAAAAAAAAAAAGACAAAACGAUGUAAUUGUAUUGUUGAGUGUAAACCACAUAUAGAAAGCCAUGUUAAAAAUGCAGAAGUUUGUAACUACUAUGUGAACAAAUCACAGAAGGGUGAAUUUUACUAGAACAUUUGACAUCAUUUAAAAAAAAUAAAAAAAAAUAAUAA